AUGAUCAAGUGGAAUUGCGAGGAGCCCGAGCUGGAGGGACUUCGCUACGUCGCCGCGAACACUGAUAUUCUCAUCCCUCGGCUAUGCCGAGUGCAUCGAUCCCACCAUCAACUAGCACUCGAAAUGGGAUUCUUCUCGGGAUGCGGUCCCCUGCAAGUUUGCUGGCGGAACUAUACAUGCAAUCAGAAACAGGCCAUUGUCGACGAGAUUGUAGCGUUUAUCAAGCAGCUCCGAAAGCUGGAGGCUCCUUGCCCACAACGAAUUUCACGGACGGCGCGAUUUGGACCUUUCGACGACAUUGCUGCGUUCCAUGAUUGUGUACGCGAUGGCAUUGCGCUAGAGUACGUGCAAGGUUCGUUUGGUGCGAAGGUCCUGCAGGUACACCAACGCCAAAUUCUCGUUCGUGAUGCCAAAGUGGUCGCCCUUAUUGAUUGGGAGUGUGCGGGAUGGUAUCCCGGGUAUUGGGAAUAUACAAGGGCGCAUUAAAACAGCAUAUCACUAGACAGUGCCGCCGCCGCGGAACCUAAUUGACGUGUACGGAGCGCAAAAUGUGCCUCUAGGAGGACCAUUUGCGAUAGUGGACUAUAUCCGUACGUUUACUAACCGGAUAUGGUGCGUAGGCAGCGACGGCGACGAUUUACGAGGGUAUACGAGCGUCUUACUAUCGACAUAUAACUAUCGUCCAUUUUUGGUCGAUAGCUGAGUAGACAGGUGUCAAUAGCGCUAGCAAUAGUGACCGGAAAC